UUUGAAAGCAGACUUUCUACAUUCACCAGAUACAAAUAAUGUUUAUAUAUAUGUUUUAUUCUUACCAACCACACUUGUGAUUUAUCUUUUAUCUCGAUACGUAUAUAUUUAGAAUUUGAACCGAAGUUAAUAGGUAGUAACAAACUCGUACUAUAUAACCCCUCAAUAGUAUGAAAAGAUAUAAACUAAAUACAUUUGUCUUCCAUUUAUUGUUAUGAUGUAAUGCAAAACCACCCUAUACAAAUAACUUUUGACUUUUUUAAUAUCCUACUUCUAUAUAUAUAUACACACAUAUCAAUUCCAUUUUCUAUAUUUCCUCAACACAAUCAUAGUCAUUCCAAAGAAAAAUAAAAAUAUCAUACAUAACAAUUUUUAUUUUUAAUUUUUUCACAAUGCAAGAUGCACUUCCAUACAAAUCAUGGAAUUUUUUUCCAACAAAUUCCACGGUCCUAAACAAAUCUUCGUCUCUAACGAUCAAUCAAAUCAAUUACUCUAAAGGGAAUUUCAAGAAAACGGUAACGGAAAACGCCGUUAUAGUUUUUAGACGACGUGGCUGUUGUAUGAGCCACGUCAUCAAACGUUUACUUCAAUGUCUUGGAGCGAACCCCGUUAUGUAUGACAUUGAAGAAAAAUACGAAAAUGAGGCGAUAAUCGAGCUAGAGAACAUCGGAAAAUCUGUCGGUGGUGGCGGUGAUCGGAGAGAGGAUCGGAGUUUGUCAUCGCCGUUGCCGGCGGUGUUUAUCGGAGGAGAGUUGUUCGGAGGAUUGGAUCGGAUUAUGGAAGCUCAUAUUAGUGGUGAAUUAUGUCCUGUUUUGAAAAAUGCAGGGGCAUUAUGGCUAUAAUUUUUAUUUUAUAUUAUAUAUAUAUAUAUAUAUAUAGUAACAAUUUAACUACGAUAUUAUAUUUUCGUUUUACUUUUAACGAAAAGAUUUGUAUCGAGAUUGGCUUUUGAUGAACUACGUACUUCUAGGCGAACUCAUGGCUUGUUUGAAAUAUAAUAUUAUUACUUUAUCUGAUGUCU